UGCUUACACUCGGAGUGACACGCCGCGCAGCCAAUCAGCAAUCUCUCUUGGAAUUUUCCUUUCUCCAGCCAGUCGCGAGGGAGCUCAUUUUGUAAACCGUUGAGUCCUCUUGUCGUUACUUCAAACCAGCUCUUAACUGCAGGUUUAAAAAAAAAAUCACCUGUUGGCACUCACCUUUGGAACGGCACCAUGCAAAGCCUUCAGGUUUUGAAGCAAACUUUCUUUGGUUUGGAUGUUGUCCAGCGGCAGCUUCUAAUAGGGACAGCUGUGGCAACAGGGGGGCUAGUGGCAUACAUAGUGCACAAAAGAUCACAAGUCAAAAGUAUUCCUCUUGGUGAAGGCUGGUGGGGAGCAGGAGACAAACCACUGUUUGAGGAUGAUAAAAUCUACCCCUUUCAAGUGCAAACCUCAGAUGAAGAGAUUCAGGACCUUCGUGAGCGCAUUGACAGAACCCGCUACACAGAUCCAUUAGAAGAUAGCGGCUUCCAGUAUGGCUUCAAUUCCUCUUAUCUCAGGAAAGUGGUUUCCUACUGGAGACACGUGUUUGACUGGAAAAAGCAGGUGGCUGUGCUUAACAAGUAUCCACACUUCAAAACCAAAAUAGAAGGGUUGGAUGUGCAUUUCAUCCAUGUGAGGCCAAAGCCCCGUGAGAACCAGAGGGUUCUGCCUCUUAUGCUCGUUCACGGCUGGCCUGGCUCCUUCUAUGAGUUCUACAAGAUUCUGCCACUUCUCACUGAGAACCAGGAUGGAGUUGUGUUUGAGGUCAUAUGCCCCUCGAUCCCUGGCUACGGAUUCUCAGAGGCCCCUCAUAAACAAGGAUUUGACAGUCUCGCUGCUGCCCGAGUUUUCCUAACACUGAUGGAGCGUUUAGGAUUCUCCCAGUUCUAUGUGCAGGGAGGAGACUGGGGCUCCCUCAUCACCACCAACAUGGCACAGAUGAAGCCUCAGUGCGUGAAAGGCCUCCACUUAAACAUGUUUAUUUCAAAAAGAGGGUUCAGAGUGAUGAUGUCCCUCAUGAUUGGUCCUUAUCUGCCCUUCCUGGUGGGCUUCAGUCGGGAAGAUGUCCGCCGACUGUUCCCUUUCUUUGAAAAGAAUGUGUGGAACAUACUGAAGGAAUCAGGCUACAUGCACAUUCAGGCCACUAAACCAGACACUGCAGGUUGCGGACUGAAUGACUCUCCUGUAGGUUUGGCUGCCUACCUUCUGGAGAAAUUCUCCACCUGGACUGAUAUGAAGAACAGAGAUCUGGCUGACGGUGGGCUGGAGAGGAAAUUCAGCCUGGAUGACCUCUUGACAAAUGUCAUGAUCUACUGGACAACAGGCUCCAUUGUCUCCUCCAUGCGCUUCUACAAAGAGAACUUGAAGAGUAAUCCUGACAAAAGAGUAGAUUCGAUGACACCGAUAUUUGUGCCCACUGGGAUGGCAGCCUUCCCUGCGGAGCUGAUGCACUGCCCUAAAUCGUGGGCACGAAUUAGGUAUCGAAACAUCUGCUCCUACACUUUCAUGCCUCGAGGUGGUCACUUUGCUGCCUUUGAGGAGCCCCAGCUUCUAGCCAACGACAUCAUCCAGUUCGUGAAAAAAGUGGAGAAGUUCUAAACCCUUCGAU